GUCGUGCUCCGCGCCGCACUCCGCCGCACCUGUCGCUUCCCGCCGCCCGCCGCCCGCCGCCCGCAGCGCGCCGCUAGCCUUCUGUCCGUGCGCCCGCGUCCCCGCCGCCCGCAUGCUGGCCGCCGUCUGCACCGCGCUGGCCGGGCUGCUGCUCGUGCCGCUGCUAGUCACCCUGUGCUGCCCCUACCUCUUUCAGGACUUGAGCUACUUCGUGCUCGUGGCGGGGCUGGUGCGGCGGGUGCGCAGCUACGGGCGGAGGCGCCCGGCGCCCACCGUGCUGCGCGCCUUCCUGGAGCACGCACGGCGCACCCCACACAAGAUUUUCGUGCGCUGCGGGGACGAGACCCUCACCUACGCGCAGGCCGACCGGCGCAGCAGCCAGGUGGCGCGGGCGCUGCACGGCCUCGGCCUGCGCCAGGGCGACUGCGUGGCCCUCUUCAUGGGCAACGAGCUGGCCUACGUGUGGCUGUGGCUGGGGCUGAUCAAGCUGGGCUGCCCGAUGGCCUGCCUCAAUUACAACAUCCGCGCCAAGUCCCUGCUGCACUGCCUCCAAUGCUGCAGCCCCAAGGUGCUGCUGGCCUCUCCAGAACUGCAGGACGCUGUUGAAGAGGUGCUACCCAGCUUGAAGAAAGACGGGGUGUGUGUCUACUAUGUCAGCAGGACUUCGAGCACCGAGGGGGUCGACUCAUUCCUGGACAAAGUGGAUGAAGUGUCGUCAGAACCCAUCCCAGAGUCCUGGAGGUCUGAAGUCACUUUUUCUACUCCUGCUUUGUACAUCUACACCUCUGGAACCACAGGUCUCCCAAAGGCUGCGACCAUCAAUCACCACCGCAUCUGGCUUGCAACCGGCCUCAGCAAGGCCAGCGGGUUCUGCGGCGACGAUGUGGUCUACACCACGCUGCCCCUGUACCAUAGUGCCGCCCUCAUGGUUGGCCUGCACGGCUGCAUAGUGGCAGGUGCUACAAUGGUCUUGCGGAAGAAAUUUUCAGCCAGCCAGUUUUGGGACGACUGCAGAAAAUACGAGGUGACGGUCAUUCAGUACAUCGGCGAACUGCUCCGGUAUCUGUGCAACACGCCCCCGAAACCCAAUGAUCGGGACCAUAAAGUGAGGAUGGCGCUAGGCAACGGCCUGCGAGGAGAUGUGUGGAGAGAAUUUAUCAACCGGUUUGGCGACAUCCAAAUCUACGAGUUCUACGCGUCCACGGAAGGCAACGUGGGCUUCCUGAAUUACCCUCGGAAGAUCGGCGCCGUGGGGAGAGUAAACUACCUGCAAAGAAAAGCCGUACGUUUUGAGUUGAUUAAAUACGACGUGGAAAAAGACGAGCCUGUUCGCGACGAAAACGGCUUUUGCAUCAAAGUUCCCAGAGGUGAAGUUGGACUCCUGGUUGGUAAAAUCACGCAACUGACACCAUUUAAUGGCUAUGCUGGAGGAAAGAGCCAGACAGAGAAGAAGAAGCUGAGAGACGUGUUCAAGAAAGGCGACGUCUAUUUCAACAGCGGAGACCUCUUAAUGAUCGACCAUGAAAAUUUUAUCUACUUCCAUGACAGAGUGGGAGAUACCUUCCGGUGGAAAGGGGAGAACGUAGCCACCACCGAAGUUGCCGACAUCAUGGGCCUGGUUGAGUUCAUCCAGGAGGUGAAUGUGUACGGCGUGCCCGUGCCCGGUCAUGAGGGUCGAGUUGGCAUGGCCUCUAUCAAGAUGAAAGAAAACCAUGAAUUUGACGGAAAGAAACUCUUUCAGCACGUGACCGAUUUCCUGCCAUCCUAUGCCCGGCCGCGCUUUCUGCGAAUACAGAACACCAUUGAGAUCACGGGGACUUUCAAACACCGCAAAGUGACUCUCAUGGAGGAGGGCUUUAACCCCUCUGUCAUCAAAGAUGCCAUGUACUUUAUGGAUGACACAGCAAAGACGUAUGUGCCUAUGACUGAGGACAUUUAUAAUGCCAUCAGCAACAAGACCAUGAAGCUGUGAGCCUUCCUGGGAGGAGAGUGCCCAUUUCCAGAGGAAAGCUGAGUGGACCGAGGGCAGCCACCUCAUACAACCCAACUUUAAUUCGAUUGGAGAUGAUGAGGGACAAUUUUUUUAGGAAAUUAUGCAUGCCAGCAAGGGGAGAGUUUUUUGGGUUUUUUUAAAUUACAUCUCAACUUUUACAAGUGAAAAAGAUUUAGAGAUUUAGAGAUAAUUAUUUUUUCAAUAUGCACCUACCAUUUGUAUUUGCCAACUGGCCUCAUUUUUUUUUAAUAGAUAAUAAAGUAGACAAACACCAACACGUAAAA